UCGGCCUUGAGCAAUUCAGAAACCCCGCAAUUGAAAGGACCUGCACGGCAUCACAUCUCGUACCAACAAACCGCAGUUUUUCAGAGAAGCUCCCCAAGUAUUUAAACCCCUCGCCCCCUCAUCCCUGCUAGCAAUUAUCGCCACCAUGGCCCUUUCCACUACCAUCAAGACCCCCAACGUCACCUACGAGCAGCCUCUCGGCCUGUUCAUCAACAACGAGUUCAUCAAGGGUGUCGAGGGCAAGACCUUCGAGACCAUCAACCCCUCCGACGAAAAGGUCAUCACCGCCGUCUACGAGGCCACCGAGCAGGAUGUCGAUAUCGCCGUCAAGGCUGCUCGCACCGCCUUCGAGGGCGCCUGGCACAACGUGACCCCUUCGGACCGUGGCCGUAUGCUUACCAAGCUGGCCGACCUGUUCGAGCGUGAUAUCGAGAUCCUCGCCUCCAUCGAGGCUCUCGACAACGGCAAGGCCAUCACCAUGGCCAAGGGUGACGUUUCCUCUGCCGCUGGCUGCCUGCGCUACUACGGUGGCUGGGCCGACAAGAUCACCGGUCAGACGAUCGACACCAACAACGAGACCCUCACCUACACCCGCCACGAGCCCGUCGGUGUCUGCGGUCAGAUCAUCCCCUGGAACUUCCCCAUCCUUAUGUGGGCCUGGAAGAUUGGCCCUGCCAUCGCUGCCGGUAACACCGUCAUCAUCAAGACCGCCGAGCAGACUCCUCUCUCCGGUCUGUACGCCUCCAAGCUCAUCGUCGAGGCUGGCUUCCCUCCCGGUGUCAUCAACGUCAUCUCCGGUUUCGGUCGCACCGCCGGUGCUGCCAUCUCCUCCCACAUGGACAUUGACAAGGUCGCCUUCACCGGUUCUACCCUUGUUGGCCGCACGAUCCUCCAGGCUGCUGCCAAGUCCAACCUGAAGAAGGUCACCCUCGAGCUCGGUGGCAAGUCCCCCAACAUUGUCUUCGACGAUGCCGACAUUGACAACGCCAUCUCGUGGUCCAACUUUGGUAUCUUCUUCAACCACGGCCAGUGCUGCUGUGCCGGUUCUCGCCUGCUGGUCCAGGAGGGUAUCUACGACAAGUUCAUUGCGCGCUUCAAGGAGCGUGCCGCCAAGAACCAGCUCGGUAACCCCUUCUCCCAGGAUACCUUCCAGGGUCCCCAGGUCUCUCAGCUCCAGUUCGACCGUAUCAUGGAGUACAUUGAGCACGGCAAGAACGAGGGUGCUACCGUUGCUCUCGGUGGUGAGCGCCACGGCACUGAGGGCUACUUCAUCAAGCCCACCGUCUUCACCGACGUGAAGCCCGACAUGAAGAUUGCCCAGGAGGAGAUCUUCGGUCCCGUGAUUGCCGUCACCAAGUUCAAGGAUGAGGCUGAGGCUAUUAAGAUUGGUAACGGCACCAGCUACGGUCUCGCUGCUGCCGUCCACACCAAGAAUGUCAACACCGCCAUCCGUGUCUCCAACGCCCUCAAGGCUGGUACCGUCUGGGUCAACAACUACAACAUGAUCUCCUACCAGGCUCCCUUCGGUGGCUUCAAGGAGUCCGGUCUCGGCCGUGAGCUCGGCUCUUACGCUCUUGAGAACUACACUCAGGUCAAGACCGUUCACUACCGCCUGGGUGACGCUCUGUUCGCUUAAAGGGACAUCAACCCCUUGAGAGUGAAUGAAGUGAUGAGGAUAUGAAUACUAUUUUCCUUUUUUUUCUUUCUCUCUUUUUUUUCCUCUUAUCUCUCUCUGAAUGUAUAUAAACAAAAUUGCAACCCACCCUAAGAGGUCUUGAUACUCGAUACUGUAUUGUCAUUGUCAUCGUC